UCAACCAAUCAAACGCUUCGUCACAGUUUACACUCGAACGCGAUUGGCUCGUGCAUUAGUCACUCUUUAAAUGCAGGAAGGAGUAGCCAUAGAUGCGCAUGCGCAGUGCGCCUAUAGAGCUCUGUGCUGCAUUGUACAAACACGAGAUGCCAACUCAAAAAGAAUGUCAUAUCUGUGGAGAAAGAAUUGGGGUAGCAAGCAAAACUUGUCAAUAUUGUCAUGCCAAACAGCCGUACAAACAGAAGCUGGAAACAAGAAAAAAACAAGUUUCACACGAAUGGAAAACCAGACAGAAGAAAAACAGCACUGUCAACAAAGUUUAUGAUGCUUCAAAUCUAUUGCUCCACAAGUGGGAAGUUUUGGAGAGAUAUCCAGCACUACUCCUAGCCAGAAGAACAUCAAAUGGGUUUAGAGCUGAGUGUCUCUGUCCGUGGCAGAUUGAUACAGAAGAAGCUAAAGAUGCCUUUGACACCAUAAAGACCAUUUAUGAAAAUCUUCUUAACGGCGAUGACAAAAAAUUGAUUAUGAGAGUUGAUCCAGAGACUUCAACAUCAAACAGUGAAGAGACUUCAGACACACAGACUUCAUCAUUAGAUCAUCAGGAUCUUCUCUCAUCUAACAUCAAAACUGAUCCAACAUCAGACUCUGUGUCCUCCUCGUCUCUCAUCACUUACACUGAAUGUCCCGUUCAUCAUGAAGCAUCGAGUUUCCCCUACAAAAAAAUACUGAGGGAAAGGAUCAGAGAGGGUCAUGAAGAGGUGUUGGUGCAAUGGCAUCCUUGCUCUGGAUGCGGAGCGGAGUGGAAAAACAGCUGGGAGCCUAAAGAAAAUAUACUAUAACUAAAUGUGCGUGUUUUAUUGUAUUGUUUAUUACUGUGUUAUCAUUGUUGUUGAUAAAGAUUGAAUUCUAGCAAACUGA